AGCAGCCAAUGCAUCGUCAAGUGAUCCUGUAUCCCUCACACACCCCAUCUUCAUGACGAGAUAAUCGGUUCGCACAACCAUUUAUAUAUUCCUGCAUUCUUUCAGAAAGCCUACGGUUUUACAAAGGACCAUUUCUCAGACACCUGCUAACCCUAUACCAUCCUUAUGGAUUCUGGUGAGAGUGAUCUUGAUUCAAGUUUUCCUCAGACAGAGAACCCCUGCCUAAUAGUCGAGGACUCCCAGCCUGACAGCGUUGCCCUGGAGGACGACCCAGAAACCAGCUACUCUGCUCUUCUGGCCCGUCGCCUCUCUAACCUCCAGCCUACAUCUCACAGCCCUGUGUUGGAGCUGAUUUCUUCCCCUACCAAAAGUCAUUUGCAAUCUGGCAGUCAGAUUAAUAAGAUUGACAGUACCUCCCACUCAGACAAUUCUCAGUCCAACUUGUGUUCAGCAGCAACAGAGCAUAGUCAAGUUUUUGAAGUUUGCUCUGUUCCUAAACAAAAAAGAGGUGGUAAAGAGCACAUGGAGUCCGAGACUAAUUCCACAACACAUGGCACAGAGACACGUGAUGGGAUGUCUCAGUUCGGUUUCUUGGAGCUGUCAGAGAGCCAGGGUAUCCAUGAUGAUGAAGACCAGCUGGGUGGAGCUCCUGCCAAACAAAAAGACAGUCCGAACCCAGCCAGUCAAUGUGACUUGAAGAGUUCAGAGAGAACAUCAGCCUGUCAGGAUGGAAGUUCUAGAGGGUCAGAGGUCAGCUCAAAGAGCUCUUCAGGGCCUCAGGUUGGGGAAGGCAGGAAGCUUAGUGUUCAGGCUAUACUGCACUCUCAAGUAACUGACAGUCAGGAGAAUGAAGAUGAUGACAUUGUUUCCUCUCAGGAUGACCUGUUUGAAAAAGAGCAAAACGACAUCAAGUUAGACAGCAGCGCUAUACCAACAUCAACACCUGCACACAGUCUUCGCUUGCUUCACCUGUCUGGCCAGCGCACACUUGUGCAGGAGAGUCUUUCACAGCAGUCUGUUGACUUUGUGGCAGCCACUCAGGACAAUUUAAGUCAAGCCCCUCACAUUGUCCCAAAUUCACCAACAGAAAAAGAUCACACAACUGGAUCCCCAAUGGACACAUCUGGCCCAGCAGAGGACCAGCAUCAAGGGAGAGAGGAGGAGCCAAUGGACACGGACCCCUGCCCCAAACCACAACCUACAGCUUCCACUCCAGUGUCCCAGAAUCCCCCUGGAUUUAUUCUGGAGAAAAGCCUCUCUGUGCCCAGCCAGCCUGAAUUCUCACAUGAUGUGUUUAUUUCCACUCCAAGCCUUGAACCUGGCAACAACAGUCCAGGCACAGAGCCUUCAAAGAGGAAGCUGCUUUCACAAAACAGCCAAUCACUAACUGAGUUAGAAACACCCAAACAAACUGGUCCGCCAGAGAAAGUAAAAAUGCCUUCAAGCAGCUUUUCACAACCCUCAGAGGUAGCUGAAUGCUUACAGUUGGAGCUCAGCAGUGAAAACAAUCAUUCUCAGAAGACUCAGGCAUUCAUUGUUGAAGAUGAUAGUCAAGCCACACAGAUUGAAGAAGAAGGAACUUUGGAUGUCGAAAAGAGUAAUUCUGACCCCAAAUGUCACUCCCAAAAUGUGAGCAAGAAUGGUAUGGACCCAGAAUCCAACAAAACUUCUCAGAAUUCACAAAAUAAAGUGAUGGAUUCUAAAAAUGCACCCGAAAAAGUGGAAAACCGUGGCUCUCAAAAGUUCUCACAGUCUGAUAACGUAGGAAAACAGAAUAUAAGCGCUACCCCGGAUGUCGCUCAAUCCAAGAUGUCUGUCAGUGCGUCAGACACCCCUUCUGUACCACAGAAAAGCAAAACCACAGAUAUGCCAUCCGCUGGGUCUUCUCAAACCCCACUAUCAGCUGCAGGACCUUUAACCUGCACUCCUGUUCAUGUCCCUUCACAAUCUCAGUCCUUAUCUGUUCUGACUGUUUCCUCUCAAAAGAAAACAGAGAAUAAAAAAGAACAUGUUGAAAGCCAAAAACUGAGUCAGCCAAUGAUACACAGCCACAAUGUUAUUACAGACAGUGUUAAAAAUACUCAGGAGGAGCGGAUGGAUGAAAGUGAGAUACAGAGUACCGUAAAAGGUGAAGAGAGCAGACUCGACUUGGCCUUGUCUCAAAGUCAGGUGCUUUCUCCAGAACCCAUGGAGGAGGAGAAUGGAAAGCAAGAUAAAGAGAAAACUAGGGAUCUCCAGUCCUCCAGCAACGAGGAGAGUUUUAAUGUAGUGGUGCUAGAGGAGAGCCAGAGGGCCUCUCAGGAGAAGGUGAAGGAAAAGAGGUCCCAGCCAUUCGUAAGCUUCUCUCAACCUACCAGGGGAUCCGUGCAGGAGAAAACAGCCAAGAUGUCAGGGUCUCAGCAACUGAGAUCAACUGAGGCUUCACCUUUACAGCUUGAGAGAACUAAGUCACAGAGCCCAAGGGGCGGUGAAACAGGACAGCGCAAAGACCAGGAGAGAAUGAACUCAGACAAUGCCGCCAACAAAAGUCUGAGCGACAGCUCUGGAGAGCUUCCGUUUCACUUUACUUUGCCCAAUGAGGGCGAGUUGAUCCGCCCUGCAGUGAGUGCGACUCCUCCACAAAUUAGUCUGCUGAAAAAGACACCAAGGCACAGCACUCCUAUUGAGAUUACCUCAUUCUCGGAGCCGUCAGAGGGCGACGUUACCAGGGAGACGACAAUGGCGGCAAGUGAGAUUUCGGUAGAGGAGAGCAGAGAGGGUGAAGAGCCAGCUGUGAUGGAGGGAGAUGGGAAACUGAGUCUGAGGAUGAAACUGGUGACCCCAGUGGAGGAGGGCAGCUCAGGCUCCGAACAUUUCAGCCUGCAGAAACCACCAUUAACAGAUGAGGAGGUCUCCGUCUCCAAGGCUACCACUGUUGCCAUGGCUGUAACGAGUCCGUCUGUCUUUAGUCGUGUCCGGGAAGCACACAGACAGAUCCAGGUGGAGGAUGAAGUACAGUCCAGUGGUCUUCCUAUCAGCAAGCAACAGAGCCAAACGCUCAACAGCCCCAUCAACAUGAAUGACUCAGGACUGUCCCCCAACCGUCCGAGAGUGACAGAGAGCAAUAGAUCCUCCGACCGAGUCAGUCAAGUUGUACCACGUCAGUCUCAGCAUCCUCGUGCUACAGACACAAAUUCUGAGCCUCUGCUCGGUGGUCUGUCCUCCCCUCCCAGAGAAGAGGUCCUCAUUACUUCAGAAAGACCAUUACCAUGCACACCUGUUCGCCAGAGAGCCGUGUCCCAGCAAACUAGCGUGGACAUCCCCUCCACCACCAGUCCUUCCAGCAAAAGAGCUGUGUCUCAGCAGACUAGUUUCGAUUUGUCUGGACCACACAACCUCUCUGCAAGGGGAGAGCAAAGCACACCCACCAGAACCCAACCUGGUCCAUCCGUGCGCCGACAUGUCCGCACCAUCCAGGAGGUCCGCACGACUGUUACUCGCAUCAUUACGGAUGUCUAUUAUGAAGACGGCAGAGAGGUUGAACGCAAAGUUAGCCAUGAGUCGGAGGAACCCGUCUUGGACCGCUGUGUUGUGGAUAAUGACAUCUCCCCAUCCCGCACAGGAAGUUCUAUGACAUCUGGAGAUUUGGCUGAUGUCAGUUCACUCUCCUCGAAGGCCCCGUCACAUCACAGCUACAGCGGGACCAGCAGUGGGGGACUGGGGCCUAUCAGAAUGCAUGAUUUUAUUAUGCCGCCCAGUCGAGGGGGCAAGUCCGGCAGCCCCAGGUGGGGGGGACGGCAGCAGCCGAGGAGCCACAGUGUGGCGGUGGGGUCAGAGGUGACAGAUGCACGGGGUUCUCAGGGCAACACCCAGCUGAGCCCCCGUGGCCGUGCACGGCGAGGAAGGCCUCCUUCAGGCAGCCCGCUGCGUAGAGGUGGCAGGGCAGGGCUGAGAGGUGGCGCCCAUGGCCAGGUGGCAUCUUCGUCAGAGGAAGAGCCGUAUGUCCAUCGGCAUGCACAAGCACCGGGCAGCCCGGUAGAGCUGAGUACUACAAGCCGCUCUGAUUCUCUCAACACCACCUCCCCUGACAACAGUACUGGCACCAGCAGUUUUGUUGGGUUGCGUGUGCUGGCCAAGUGGUCGUCCAACUCAUACUUUUAUUCUGGGAGUAUCACACGAGACCUGGGAGAGAACCGUUUCCGCCUUCUGUUCGAUGACAACCAGGAGUGUGAGGUUCAGGGGAAGGACAUUCUUCUGUGUGAUCCUAUUCCUCUGGAAACAGAGGUCACAGCAUUGACCGACAAGGAGUACUUCAAUAUAGGUGUGGUGAAGGACCAUAAGACUCAAGGUUCUGAGUUUCUGUACUGUGUGGAGAAAGAUGGCCAGACUAUCUGGUACAACAGAACAUCUGUGAUCCUCAGCAUGGAACAAGGCAACCGCUUGAGGGAGCCAUAUGGACUGGGGCCCUACGAACCAUCUACACCCCAAACCAUGGCAUGUGAUAUAAGCCUCGAUAACCUGGUAGAAGGUAAACGGCGACGCAGAGGAAACCCAAACGAAACAACGACUCCUAACCGCAGUGCUACCAACAGCCCGAGAACCCCAGGGAAGCGAAAGCUUAACAGUGGAACGGAUGAUGAAAGAACACCCACAAAAAGAGGACGCAGGGGGGGCGGGGCAAGAGUGGGGCAGAAGAUAGCUGCUUGUAACACAUCCGGAAGCGGUGUCGAUUUACCGCCUGACCCUGAUGACCUGGUGGCGACACACGGACCUCUCCCUGAAAACUCCUCUUUGUUCAUGGGGUUCGUCUUCAUGCUGACGGCGUCCUCUGAAAGUGAGAGGGACUCCAACCACCAGCUCAGUGAUGAGGAUGAAGAAUCCGUGCAGAGAGCUCCAUAUAAUAAAGAAUAUACAACGAGACAGCUGGAGGCCGGAGGAGGAAUGAUCCUGCCUGACUUUAAUGAAGAACAGUGUAAAGCAGCCUAUCAGAGCUUGCUGAUCGCCGACCAGCACUGUCGUACCAGGAAGUAUCUGCUGUGUGUGGCAGGUGGUGUUCCUUGUGUGUCUCAGAUGUGGGUGAGGGACUGCAGCCAGGAGAAGAAACUCCUCAACUACAGGAACUACCUGCUGCCUGCCGGUCUGGGGCUGGAGGGAGGCAUUGUGGAAUGGCAUCCUCGCUGUGACCCCUUUAAAGCCCUGAAGGUGCUGCUUGUAUUAGAGGAUCGUGUAGAUUUGUGGACCUCUUUGCUUUCCAUGGGUGGUGCAUCAAAAGUUCAUCACCACAAAGAAAAUGAAAACAUUUCUGACAUUCCUGCUGGUAAGUUUGAUCUGGCAGUGGCUGCAUCUGAUGCAGCGAAACCCGUGACCCCGGGUCUGCCUUUCGUCUCUCUGGAGUGGCUCAUUCAGAGCUUGAUCUGUGGAAAGUGCCUCAGCUACGACAGUAAUUCUGAAUUCUGUCAAUAUCCGUCUACAUAAAACACUGACAUCUUGUCUUUUAAAUGUCUUCUGUGUUUUAGUGCAUGCAUUUUGCUGUAUAUAGUUUUUUCAAAAUAAAACAAGUGUUUUAUUUGAA